AUGGAAAUGAAACUCCUGAGCCUCGCUGUAGAGAACCAGGAGGCCCCUAUCGCUCAGGAGGCAGCGAUAGAGGAAGCCACAGCCUCAGCCCGGUCAUACUCACAUUUCAGAUUGAGCCAUGGAAUAGAGGCUCUGAUUCAGAUCUCAUUUAGAGACCGAGCUCUUGAACCUGGUCAUGCUGUGAUAAAUAACCUGCUGCUGAAGAGCGAGGAAAGCCGUGAAGAAGAAGAGGAAAAAGAUGGAAGAACACAAACAGCCAUUUUGGGGCCUUCAGAGGAGAAAAAGAGGCCAGGAAAAUGUCUCCAUUUUUAA